UAUUGGAAUGGGAUCUUUCUCCAAUCGAAUCACACCGAGCACCUUAAACACCGUUUCAAUAUUCUUAUAUUUGAUACCUUUAAUUGUCACAAUUUCUUUCGUGGAUUCUAACAUAUGAUCUCUCUUCACGAACACAAGUAUUUCUUGCAAAAGCCCGAGUUCAAAUCCACAAGUUCUUCCCUAGCGUUGCAAAAACCCGAGUUCAAAUCCUCUGUGUAACUAGCAUUAUCCCAUUCGAGAUUAAUAUUCACGUAAAUUUAUCAAAUUCGAGCAACCAAAACAGGGAGAGGAUGAGCAAUCUGAAGAUGAUAGAUAUUGCUGCCAAUCUUACAGAUGACAUGUUUAAAGGGAUCUACAAUGGAAAGAAAUACCAUAUUGGGGAUAUUGCUGAGGUUUUGAUGAGAGCAUGGGAAGCUGGGGUGGAUAGAAUCAUAGUGACUGGUGGAUCCCUGAAAGAGUCUAAGGAGGCACUUGCCAUUGCUGAAACUGAUGGUCGACUUUUUUGUACAGUUGGAGUGCAUCCUACAAGGUGCAAUGAAUUUGAAGAAAGUGGAAACCCAGAGCAACACUUUAUGGAGCUUGCUUCUUUGGCCAAGGAAGGUGUGCAAAGAGGAAAGGUGGUAGCCAUUGGGGAAUGUGGGCUGGACUAUGAUCGUCUUCAGUUUUGUCCUGCUAAUAUUCAAAGACAGUAUUUUGAAAAGCAGUUCGAGCUGGCUGAUGCAUUAAGACUUCCGAUGUUUCUUCAUAUGCGUGCAGCUUGCAAGGACUUUUGCGAGGUUUUACAACAAAAUAGGCAUCGGUUUAUUUCAGGGGUAGCUCACUCUUUCACUGGAUCUUCAGAAGAACGUGAUCAACUUCUUAAGUUUGACAAUAUAUACAUAGGUAUAAAUGGAUGCUCUCUAAAGACAUCUGAGAAUCUUCACGUUCUAUCUGGUAUUCCUUUAGAGAGGAUGAUGAUAGAGACAGAUGCUCCAUACUGUGAGAUAAGAAGUACUCAUGCAGGAGUGCAUUAUACAAAAUCAACAUGGCCUUGCAAGAAGAAAGAAAAAUAUGAUCCUAAUUGCACUGUUAAAAACCGCAAUGAGCCUUGCUAUGUGAGGCAAGUGUUGGAGGUGGUUGCUGCACAAAGGGGCAUUGAAGAUGUUAGUAGCUUGGCCAAGAUAUUGUAUGAGAAUACCUGCAGGGUGUUCUUCCCACAAGACUUGGACACCAUGGCAGGUGCUGUCCUUGCAGACGAUCAUGAUAAAGACAAGUGAAACAUUGCAUCGACAAAAUUUUGAAACGAAUACCAAUUUUUGUGCUGGAAGAAAUAACUUGAAUUGUUUCUCAAUUUUUGGUUACUAGUUGUUUUAUUGGGUUGGAUUUGAUAAAAUUGAUGACUCGAAAAAGAGCAUUCUCCACAGUAAGGAGAUUUUGGGUGGAUCUGCCUGUCUAUGAAACUACUUUACUACAUAAUGUUAUAAACACUUAAUUGUGCUGACA